AUGUCAGAUUCCAACACAACUGACUUCACCAACCCCUCCGCCUUCAUCCUGCUGGGCAUUCCAGGCCUGGAAGCCGCCCAUGUCUGGAUCUCCAUCCCCUUCUGUGCCAUGUACGCCAUAGCCAUCUUGGGGAACUUCACCAUCCUGUUCAUUGUAAAGAGGGAGCCGAGUCUCCAUAGGCCCAUGUACUAUUUCCUCUGCAUGCUGGCCAUUGGCGACCUGGUCCUGUCCACGUCCAUCCUGCCCAAAACACUGAGCAUCUUCUGGUUCAAUUCCAGGGAGAUCGAUUUCAGUGCCUGCAUCACCCAGAUGUACUUAAUUCACUGCAUCUCUGCGAUACAGUCUGGGAUCUUCGUGGCCAUGGCUUUGGAUCGCUACGUGGCCAUCUGUGACCCCCUGAGACAUUCCACCAUCCUGACAAACCCCGUGGUGGCCAAGAUUGGCCUGGCCGUGGUGCUGCGCGGAGGGAUGCUCUCACUGCCCUAUCCCUUCCUGGCGAGGCGGUGGCCAUAUUGUAGAACCAACAUCAUCCCCCACUCGUACUGUGAGCACAUGGCCGUGGUGAAACUGGCCUGCGCCGACAUCCACAUCAGUAGUUACUAUGGCCUCUCUGUGGCAUUUUUGGUGAUGGGUCUGGAUGUGUUUUUUGUCGCUGUGUCCUACAUCCAGAUCCUUAUGGCCAUCUUCAGCCUCCCCACAAAGGACGCCCGGCUCAAGACAUUUGGGACCUGUAGCUCCCACCUCUGUGUCAUCUUAGUCUCUUACAUCCCAGCUCUUUUCUCCUUUCUCACACACCGUUUUGGCCACAAUGUGCCCCUGCAUUUCCACAUUCUCAUUGCCAACACGUACCUGCUUGUGCCCCCCAUGCUAAACCCCAUCAUCUAUGGGGUGAGGACCAAACAGAUCCGGGGCAGGCUGCUCCGGCUACUUAGUCAUAAAGGGACGUAA